CGGGGGCGGGAGGGAGCGGGCGCGGACUGGUGAUGGGGGUGGAGGAGUCGAUCGUGGUGAAGCAUGCAAGAGAGGAGGUCAGCAAGGGGCAUGUCAGGUUCGUGGGCGAGGGCGGUUGCAAAAUCUUUGUGGCAUACUCGCUUGAGAGAUGAACGCAAAGUCGGGAAUGACGGUGGUGCAGAGGUGAUGGCGGAGGGAGCGGAUGUAUUCGACGAAGUGAUCCGUGGGACCGGUCUGGCGGAGGUGACAGAAUUGUUCGAGGUAGUCAUCGAUGGUUUUCUGGGGGCGGAAAGUGGCAGUGAGAAGGUUGGCCCAUUGGAGGAAGGAGUGACGCGGUCCUCCGGAGGUGCGACGGUUGCUGACUUCGGCCAUCCACCAUUUGGUGGCAUUGUCGAGGAGGCGGGAGGUGGCAAUGGGAAGCCAGUGGACAAGGGGCAUGUGGUGGAGCUUGAAAGAGUUCUGGAGCUGGGUAAGGAAGAGGAAAACGUCCUCGUGGGGAAGGUCGGAGAAGGGCAUGAUGUCGGCGGAUCAGAAGGAACGGGGGAUUUUCCCUUCGCGGGAAACGAUCCGGGCGAGGGUGUUGAAGUUGAGGUUAUUGAGGGUAGUAUCGUAGAAGGUGUAAUCGAAUUGGCUGUUGUCAUCAAUGAGGUAGUUGGGGGGAAGUUGUGGCAUUGCGGGGUAAACCCCGAAGGCGGUGUGCUGGAAGCGUCGGAUGAGGGGGGGGGAAGGGUGGAGGAGGCAGGGGUGGUGGAUGUGGUGGUAGAGUUAGUAGGAGUGGAGGAGGUCGGCGGGAGGGUGUGGCUGGAGGCGGCUAUGGACGUGGGGGUGGGGGUGGUGACCACCUGGAUGGAGGGGGUAGUGGUUUGGGACUCGAGGGCAGUCAACUGGGUUGAGAUGGCAGCGACGGAAGUGGAGAGUGUCCGGAGGAAGUCCUGUACGGACCGAAGGAUGGAGAGGAGGGAUGGGUCGGGGGUGUUCUCCCCGAUGGCUUGUUGGCCAACGAGUUCGCGGUGGAUAUCCGCCACGGAGUCGUCGCGGAGAGAGCUCAUGUUGAGGCUUGAAGCACCUUCAACCAUUAGAGAGGACGAAGGCGAGGUGGCGGAGGAAGAUGGAGCAGUGGAGGUGGUAGUAGUGGAUGUGAUAGCGGCAGCGGUGGCGGCAGCAGCGGCAACGGCGUCGGCGGCGGCGCGUUGGGAGGUCUUGGUUUGGCGUGGUGGCAUGUGGAGAAGGGGGGGACAAUUCCUAUUUACAAGAGUAGAGCGUCAACAAGCGAUUUAGCAAUGAAGGUAGCAAAGAAUC